AGGCACUCUUCCUCUUCCUUAUCUUCUUCUCCUUCUUCCUCUAAUUAGCAGCCUUUCUUUGAGUUCGGACUGAAGAGGUGGCAAGCUUCCUUUGAACUUCGGACUGAAGAAGCCAGCCGUGAGGAGGAGCUCGGAGUCGCAUUGCUUGGGUUCGGCAGCGGCGAAGGAGGCUGAAGAUUCACCGUUUCUUUCUUCAUCAAGCUUCAGAUUUUGGUAGCGAGCCCUAGUUCGCGGGACUGGGUGGACCUAACUCUGUAGCUUGGAGCCAGGAGAAGAUCAAGUCUAGGAUCGGGGGUGUCUGGGAGUGUAUUUUCCGCUGUUAUCAGUAUCUCUGUAGUACACUUUUCUCAGCAUGCCAAGGGGUAGAGGGCGUCCACGCAGAGGGCCCGCAAACCCACCCCCGGAGCCCAUGCAGGAGGAGCAGGAGGCUCCUGAUCAGUCGGAUGAGGAAGUACAGCAGGAAGAGCUACCGGAUCCAGCUUCCAUGACCGACAUCAUGAGGGAGGUGGUGUUGUUGCUGCGUGCUCAACGUCAGCAGCAUACUCCUGGAGGUGGCCGAGACUUAUCAGCCGAGUUCAGACGACACGCGCCACCGCUGUUCUCAGGGACCACUGACCCGACGGUGGCCGGUUAUUGGGUUAGUCAGAUAGAGAGGACCUUCCGAGCUAUGCAGUGCCCAGACAGGGACAAGGUCCGGUUGGCUACUUUCAUGCUGCAGGACAGUGCAGCACAGUGGUUUGAGAACGAACUGCGCCUCAAGGGGGAGAGUUCCUUCAGGACCUGGAAGCAGUUCAAGGAAGCCUUCUACGCCAAGUAUUUUUCUAUGAGCAGACGAGCACAGAUGGAGAGGCAGUUCCUUAGCCUGAGACAGGGGUCUUUGAGUGUGGAGGAGUAUGAGGCUGAGUUUGAUAGGCUGUCACAGUUUGCUACGACCUUAGUGUCAGAUGAGAGCAGCAGAUCUAGGCGCUUCGUAGAUGGCUUGAAGACCCACAUCCGGCGGGCCAUUGUACCAUUCCUGAACCAGACGUAUGCUGAGAUUGUCGAUAUUGCUAAGAAUCUAGAGAUCACCUGGCAGGAGACGCAGGACCAGGGGAGACACGAGCACCCGCGGCACCGCCAGAACCCUCGGAAGAGCCAGUCUUCCGGGAGCAGCUCAGGGCAUUCCAGGGGAGAGCACCGGUCACAGCCUUAUAGCAGACCCCCGAGCUCAUCAUCAGGUUCUGGAGGCAGGAGAUCUUUUGGUAGUGUGGCUCAGGCCGUUCAGUGUCCUACUUGUGGAGGGGGCCAUUCUCAAGCAGAGUGCCGGCGCGCAGUAGGCGCAUGUUAUCGGUGUGGCAGCAGGGACCACUUUGUUGCUCAAUGCCCGCAGAGCCCGCCUUGGCCCCAGGGAGGAGAUAGGACUCGUAGUGCACCUGUCGAGCAGCCCAGAUCGUCUGACGGGUCGCGACACACUGGCGCUCCAGGCCGAUCCCAACAGAGUGCCUCGAGGGGUAGGCCGGGAAAGGCGCCUAUGAUGCACCGACCUUCUUCCUCUUCCCGUCCAGCAGGCCGUGGUAGGCCAGUUACUCAGGGGCGAGUAUUUGCUUUGACACAGGAGGAUGCUGAGGCAUCCCACGACGUUGUUGCAGAUUUUGGUAGCGAGCCCUAGUUCGCGGGACUGGGUGGACCUAACUCUGUAGCUUGGAGCCAGUAUUUUCUCUGCCUGUACUUCGUAUUUCUGCGGGUUUUUAGUACAUCUCCAUUCCUG